AUGUGGGUGCUUCAGAUUCCCCAAAUUGUCAGACAUACUCCAUCUCAAACCCAUCCGUGCUACACUUCCCGUGCCCAUUCAAGACUGCCGGUCACUUUUCUUUCAUUGAGCCCUUCAAACAACCCCAUCAAAGACAUAAAGAACAACAACAACCAGUUGAUACAGUCAUUAUGCAAAGGAGGGAACCUUAAGCAGGCAAUUCAUCUUCUGUGUAGUGAGCCUAAUCCAACCCAGCAGACUUUUGAGCAUUUAAUAUAUUCGUGUGCUCAGCAGAAGUCUCUCUCCGAUGGACUUGACAUUCAUCGCCAUCUUGCCAAUAGGGGUUUUGACCAAGACCCGUUUUUAGCUACUAAACUUAUCAAUAUGUACUAUGAACUCGGGUCUAUUGACCUUGCUCGCAAGGUAUUUGAAGAAACGCGGGAAAGAACCAUAUAUGUUUGGAAUGCACUCUUCCGAGCACUGGCAAUGGUGGGUCGUGGUGAGGAGCUGCUAGAUUUGUAUGUUCAGAUGAAUUGGAUUGGAGUCCCAUCCGAUAGGUUCACCUACACGUACGUGCUUAAGGCUUGCGUUGUUUCAGAGCUUUCAGUCUUCCCUCUCCAGAAGGGUAAGGAGAUUCAUGCCCAUAUUCUACGACAUGGCUAUGAAGCAAACAUUCAUGCUAUGACAACUCUGUUAGAUGUGUAUGCCAAGUUUGGCAGUGUGUCCUAUGCAAAUUCCGUGUUUUGUGCAAUGCCUACCAAGAACUUUGUCUCAUGGAGCGCUAUGAUUGCUUGUUUUGCGAAGAAUGAUAUGCCUAUGAAAGCACUUGAACUGUUUCAGUUAAUGAUGCUUGAGGCAUGUGAUUCAGUUCCAAAUUCAGUUACAAUGGUUAGCGUACUUCAAGCUUGUGCAGGCCUUGCUGCAUUGGAACAAGGGAAGUUGAUUCAUAGCUAUAUCCUUAGAAGGGGUCUUGAUUCUAUACUGCCAGUUCUUAGCGCGCUGAUAACAAUGUAUGGAAAAUGUGGUGAGAUUUCAAUGGGACAAAGGGUGUUUGAUAACAUGAAGAAUCGUGAUGUUGUUUCAUGGAAUUCUUUGAUUUCUAAUUAUGGUAUGCAUGGUUUCGGAAAGAAAGCAAUCCAAAUUUUUGAAAACAUGAUCCACCAAGGAAUUUCUCCGAGUUAUAUAUCAUUCAUUACUGUUCUGGGUGCUUGCAGUCAUGCGGGCCUUGUUGAGGAGGGAAAGAUUUUAUUUGAAUCCAUGCUUAGUAAGUACAGGAUCCAUCCUGGUAUGGAGCAUUAUGCUUGCAUGGUGGAUCUUCUUGGCCGAGCUAACAGGUUAGAUGAAGCAAUCAAACUAAUAGAGGAUAUGCAUUUUGAACCCGGACCAACAGUUUGGGGUUCCCUUCUUGGCUCUUGUAGGAUUCACUGUAAUGUUGAACUUGCCGAGCGAGCAAGUACUAUGCUUUUCGAGUUGGAGCCUAAGAAUGCUGGAAAUUAUGUGCUUUUAGCCGAUGUUUAUGCAGAAGCUAAGAUGUGGAGUGAAGCAAAGAGCGUGAUGAAGCAACUGGAAGCUCGUGGCCUUCAAAAGCUUCCAGGUUGCAGCUGGAUUGAAGUGAAAAGGAAGGUAUACUCGUUUGUCUCUGUUGACGAGCAUAACCCACAAAUUGAAGAGAUUCAGGCUUUGCUAGUUAAGCUGUCAACUGAGAUGAAGGAGAAGGGUUAUGUCCCACAGACAAACGUUGUUCUCUAUGAUCUUGAUGAAGAAGAGAAAGAAAGAAUUUUAUUGGGACAUAGCGAGAAGCUUGCAGUUGCCUUUGGACUCAUUAAUACUGCAAAAGGGGAAACCAUAAGGAUCAGAAAAAACUUGAGAUUGUGUGAAGACUGUCAUGCUGUUACGAAAUUUAUUUCAAAAUUUGCUAAUAGAGAGAUUCUUGUUAGAGAUGUGAAUCGCUUCCAUCAUUUUAGAGAUGGAGUUUGUUCGUGUGGUGACUAUUGGUAA